GGAACUUUCGGACUCAUAAAUAGGUCUUUCCUGGCUUUGGAUUGGCGAUACCUGUGAUUCACAUUAGCUGCAGAGGAAUCUAACUCAUCUAUUUCAACCAUGUCAUACUACCCCAAAGGCCACCACCACUCCGGUGACGACGCCGUCGACGACUUCGAUGAGUAUGACCCCACCCCUUACGACGGAGGGUACGACAUUACCCUCGAAUACGGCCGUCCCAUUCCGCCAUCGGAGGAAACCUGCUAUCCCAUCUCGUCAUCCUCCGGCCAAUUUGACUACGACCGUCCCCAUUAUACCUCCUCUGCUGAGCCAUCUGCCUAUGCUGAUGCAGCUCUUGAUGAUGAGUACAAGAGCUAUGCCCGACCUAAGCCUCGACCUACCGCUUCUUAUGGAGGCUCAUCCGGACCGGGGUAUGGUGGAUCUGAGAAUCCCCGCCCUAACUAUGGGUUCCAGCCUGAGAUGAAUCGACCCGGCGGUGAAUCUGAGUACGGAGAGGGCGGAUUCGGAUCUGAAGGCGGGUAUGGUCGCAAGCCAGCAUACGAGAAACCGACCUCUGAAUAUGGAUCAGGGUAUGGUAGGAAGAGCGAGGACGAACGUCCUAGUUCUGAAUACGGUUCUGGUUAUGGGCGGAAGAGCGAGGACGAACGCCCCAGUUCUGAAUACGGUUCUGGUUAUGGGCGGAAGAGCGAGCACGAACGUCCCAGUUCUGAAUACGGUUCUGGUUAUGGGCGGAAGAGCGGGUACGAACAGCCAAGCUCUGAACACGAAUCUGGAUAUGGACGUAGGACUGAAUUUGAUCAACCAGCUUCUGAAUAUGGAUCUGGCUAUGGACGCCGGCAGGAAGAACAAAAUCCCAUUUCCGAGUAUGGAUCUGGCUAUGGGCGUAAGAGUGGAAAUGAAGAGCCCGUUUCCGAAUAUGGAUCCGCGUAUGGAAGGAAGAGUGAGUAUCAGCAGCCUGCUACUGAUUACGAAUCUAGUGGAUAUGGCAGAAAACCAAGCUAUGGACAGGAAGAGGGAAGUGGGCAUGGCUUUGGCGGAGAAAGGGCUGAGCCAGUGAGAGAGAGACCAGGCUAUGGUGAAGAAAGGCCCAGCUAUGGUCGGUCAAGCUACAAGACUGAAGAGACUGAAGGUUAUGGGAGGUCAACAUAUGAUAGGCCGAGCUAUAAAAAGCCCGAUGAGGAGGAGGAAUACAGGAAGCCUAGCUAUGAGAGGCGUGGUGAUGAUGAUGAAGGAUAUGGUCGCAAGAAAUAUGGUGAUGAUGAUUCUAAUGAUGAGGAUAGCCACAAGCAUCACAAUCGUCACCAUCGCAAGCACUAUGAUGAUUAAUUGAAUGUUAUUUGUGGUGUGCUCUUCCACAAAGGCACAGUUCCUACCAUGCUAAACUACUAAAAAAACCGUGUUCUAUAUGUUCCUCAUCAUAUAGCAUUGGAAUCACAUCUCUAGUGGCUGACAGUCAUUUGGGGCUGCAUCAACCUAGAAGUAUGUGGUUUGCUUUGAAUUUUCAUUUUUUCAAUAAAUUCCCAAAUACUUGGGAUGAUGCAUCACAUGAGUGGACAAGUGGUGUCCAUGCUGCUAAAACUCUGGUUUGCUUGUGGUUUUCUAUAUAUUUAUAUAUUCUGCCUGUAAAACUAUCUUGUUUCAGUGUUCUUCAGUGUGAUGGUGUUUAACUGUUUAUGUUGCUUGCCAUUGAUGUUUCUUCCGUUACUUACAUUCUGGUGUGAGGUUAGUCAGAUUGUCAGCUGGAGCCUGGAUGCCUGGAUGCCUGGGGCUUAUAAGUUAUGGACUUAUGGUUGAUGUUCUUCAACUCCAUUUCUGAGUGCAUUGUUAAAAUUACAUGUCUCUUUUCUACUACAAAGUGCAUUGUUAAAAUUGUUUUCUGGUAUCUACAUACUUUCAUAUUUUCCUCUUAGAAGGAGGGUAUAAAUAUUACUAGUACAAUAUAACCGCACAUAUAUUCAUUGGAAACAAUUUAACAUUAUUAACAUAUUCAUAGGAAUUUGUUGAUAUAGAGCAUCGGCCACAGGUGGCACUGUGGCAGGCUCCAUUGAAGGUGGAACCGUGGAAGGGAAGGCUCAUAAAAAGCCAACCCUUAUUGAUUACUCACAUUCAUUGAGUAAAGAUAAACACAGGGCAAUAUUUCAUUAACAAAUAUUGUAUUUCCAUUAUAUGGACUUUUUUGAAGACAAACUUUCUCAGAAGUCCAAGGAUUCUCAACAAAGUUCAAUAUAGUGGAUUUCCUUGAAAGCAUAAGUUUUAUACAAAUUUAUAAAAAUCUUCAAACUUGAUAUGAAUAACUUAUUCUAAUUAUAUAGAACUAGUAGUACUUUAAAAAAUUGGUUUCGUUAGCCAAGGCAAAUAGGCAAUAAAAAAGGAUAGCAAAAUGAUGCACUAGCGAUAUAACUUACCAAUAUUAACCAACUUCCAAGGAUGUAAUCAGUCACUAUAUGGUCAAUAUUAACAACUUCCAAUAAUAUACCAUUUUGAUAUUUAAAAUAGAAAAACUCUUACUGUACAUGAAUUGGUAUACACAAAAUCCCCCUAGUUGCAUGUCUACAUAGGCAAUUCGUUUGAAAAUGGGCAAAAUUUGAUGCCAAAACCCCCUAAUUGUCCGUUGACACAAACAAUGCACAAUUUAUGUACACCAAGAAUUGCCCUUUAAAAUAACUCCUUCCACCCUAAAAACAAGUUAUGCUUUAUUUAGAUGCCCUCAAAAGAGGUUCCCAUUUCCAUGGAAAGGAGAAUUUUUAAAAGGCAAAUGUCUCUAUUACCUUUUUUGCUUUCUUUUGCUCCACUUGAAAAUUGAAAUAAAGUAAGGGUGCACUUGAAAAGUAACAUUUACUUUUUGCAUAAAUAUGUAUAUAGAUCAAAGUGGAAAUUUGUUUUUAGGACAUGGGUAGUAUAAUGUUUUUCGCAUUUCUAUUUUCUUUUGUAUGCUAAACCGUAAAAAGUAAAUUUUCACGGAUGAUACUUAUACUAUUGUAGUGUUGUGCUUGCAGAGCCACAUUUGUUUUUUAUCUUCACAUAAUUAUGUGCAUAUUUCAAAUUUCGAAGUUAUGUGUUUGACAUUCAAUAUUAUUGAUCUUUACUGAUCAAUAUAUGUGCAGAUUUCAAUACCACUUCUAUAUUGAUCUUUGAAUGCCAAUGAUAUGAUCAAUAGAGAGGCGUUACCUCCAUUCCAAAGAACUACUACGGGGUAGUAUUAUUUCCCUAGUGGCUUGAUGGCCUAACA